UGUAAUUGUUUAUGAUAGCCAUUCUGUUGUUAUCAUUAACAAUGUUGUUAACGCAGACUUUUCCCAAUUACAAGGUGACAAUGAGUUUCUCAGCCGACUGGAUGCCUUUGGACCCACUCACGGACGAGGAAAUACCUAACAUGGGAGUGAGUAUCAAAGAAGAGCUCAGUGAUCAUGUUACCGAAGAGACAUGUUUGGAUAUUAAGGAGGAACCACUUGAUUAUGCAGAUGAAAUCAGGGAUGAACUGAACAAAGUUGAAGUGAAACACGAGCUUCCUUUUUUCAGAUAUCGACAAGAACUCAAGUCUGAAGCAAAUGAAAAAGACUCGCAUAACUUAAUUCAGGAUUGCAAUAAGUCGUCGAUAUUGCCAUUUGUAGCUGAGGUAUGUGGGAAAAAGUGCUCAUUAGACAAUUAUCAGGCAAAGCAUAAGGGAAGUCAUAAUCAUGAGGAGGUUACACAACGAAAAGAUAGAAAAUUGAAAUAUAUCAUUUGUGAAGUAUGUGGCAAGAAAAUACAACCCAAGAGUUAUUUGAAGCUUCAUAUGAGAGUCCACACAAAAGAGAAGCCAUACAGCUGUGAGAUUUGCAACAAGACCUUCUCAUAUAAAGGUAGUAUAGUAAGGCAUAUGAGAGUACAUACAAAAGAGAAGCCAUAUAACUGUGAGAUAUGCAAGAAAGUCUUUUCACAGAAUUACACCCUAAUGCAACACAUGAGAGUGCAUACAAAGGAAAAGCCAUACAUGUGUGAGAUUUGUAAUAAGGCCUUCCCAUUCAAAACUGCUCUGGUAAGACACAUGCGAACACAUACAAAAGAGAAACCAUACAACUGUGAGAUUUGUAAGAAGAGCUUCUCACAGAAAAGUAGUUUAGUAUGGCACACGAGAGUACAUACAAGGGAGAAACCAUAUAGCUGUGAGAUUUGUAACGAGGCCUCUGCAUCUAUAAGUGACCUGGUAAAGCAUAUGCGAGUACAUGCAAAGGAAAAACCAUACAGAUGUGAAAUCUGCAAUAAGUCCUACUUACGGAAACGUAACCUAGAGCAACAUAUGAGAUUACAUACAAAUGAGAAGCCAUACAACUGCAAAAUUUGCAGCGAGGCCUUCCCAUCCGUAAGUGAGCAGGUAAAGCACAUCAGAGGACAUGCAAAGGACAAAACAUACAGAUGUGAUAUUUGCAAUAAGUCCUUCUUUCUGAAAGAUAAUCUCGUGCAACACAUAGAAGCACAUUCAAACGAAAAGCCAUAUAGCUGUGCAGCUUGCAAAAAGGCCUUCCCUCGUAAAUAUGCUCUUUUGGAACACAUGAGAGUACAUACGAAGGAAAAGCCAUACAGAUGUAAUAUUUGCAAUAAGUCCUUUUCAUACAAAAGUGCUUUGAUGAGGCACAUGAGAGUAUGUACAAAGGAGAAGCUAUACAGCAGAGAAGUUUGCAAUAAAGUCAUCUUGCAGAAAGGUAAAAUAGCAGAAUACUUAGAGGGUAAAUGCAAAGGAGUGAUGUAUCUACGAGAUCUCUCUAAAAAAACAAAACAAAAAGAACUGAAUCACAUGUGUAUAUAGGCAUUCACUAGGAAGAAAACUAAUUUAACGUACGUAAGGUCACAGUCUUGUGUUUAUACUUUUACACAAAUAAAGACAUCGGGUCUGCAAGGAACCCACUUCCACUUGACAUUAUUGGAGAAAGAUCAUUCUAGAAUUUGAAGGACAUAAUAUUAGUAAUGUGCCCUUUUUUAUUUAUUUUUUUUUUUCUUUGUUAUGACCUGUGUAUUAAUCUCCAUAGGUUUCAAAACUUAUACAUAACUGGUUGAGUAAAUUUCUGUCUAUCGUUGAGAUAUUUAUUUAUAUUUAAAUCU